GGGUGGCAGCCACGCAAUAAAAAUAGCAAAAGAGCACAAGGCAGGCAAAGGUUCCGCGCCGCAUUACUCAACACUGGGCCUCGGUUGUGUAAGAACUUGGAAAUUGUGGUUUCAAGAGCGGGAGCCCACUGGACGUGAAUAAAAUCCAUUCCCAAAAAGGAAAAUCACGAGCUCUUGAAAAAUGUCAAUGUAAAAAGAAGCAAAAGGGAAAGAGGGCUUCCAACAAUGAGCGCGCGUGUGUGUCUCGGGCCCACUGGGCUCGACCCCCUCCGCCCCUCGCGCAAACGUUCCGAGGCACUGCGGCACGUUGCGCACACUUGCGGGCGGAGGAAGACGACGGGAGGAGGGCAAAGACUCGCCGGGAGAAGCGGAGCUCGCUUUCCUGUUUUUCCCCGAGAACGAACCGAGAGACAGCGCUCGCCGACUUGACGGAGGCAGGAGCAACGCAAGCGCCGUCGCGUGGUCGUCGGCCGUCCUUCCUUUUCUUCCGUGCGGGGGCCCCUCGCGGGCGGCUAUGGGGGCGACGGAGCGCUGCUGAGCGGGCUCCACUCGCCUCUCGUGCUUCACGUCUUACGCGGAAACGGAGGACGUGUUGACGGGCUUUUUGUUUUAGGAUGUUGGCUCUCGGAAAGGAGCCUCCCUCGCUGUAACAACCAAGGAAACAAAAGAAAACAAAGAGAGGCAAAUUCCUUAUGGACAUUUUGGCAGCCAUUUGUUGUUGCCGCCACUGCUGUUUUCCUUUUUCUUUUUUUUUUUUUUGGGGGGGGGGAGGGCGGGUUGUGAUCCGAAAUACGCCAGGCCUGUUUGAAAGGCUGCCCCGCCGUGAAUCGUAGGCGCAAUAUUCCCACAUUUAAUCACCUAAACUCGUGUUUUUCGUCGCGUUUGACUCAUUCAAAGGCCUCGGCUUCCUUUUCCCAGAGUGUGCAAACAAUCGAGGGCCCCUUGUGAAAAGCCCAAGAAGGAGAACGUACAAGCAUUUUUCUUUUUCUUUCCUUUCUCCCCCCGUCCAAUGUUAAUGUCGACCGACGUUGCAUCUAUCAUGCUGCCCGUGUCCCGCGGCCUGAUGGAGCGGGAUCGAGAACUCGACGCCCUGGCCGGGGUGCAUCCCAACGCCGGCGGCGCCCCGGCUGCUGUCCGGGGAAUGAAGCGAGGAGACCCGGAGCCCGAUGGACACACGGCGGCCUCGCUGCUCGACUCGACCGGGGCUGAGUGCAAGCGGCCUCGAAUGGACGGCUCCGGCGAGGCUGGACAGAAUAAUGACCCGCUGACCCUUGGUUACCAUGGAUACCCAUCUCACAGUCAGGGUUCCCAGGAUAGUACUUCCGGUCAGGAGGGACUCGUACCGCCGGCGUUCGCGGCCUUCCCUCCUCCUCCUCCGCCGCCCCCCCAGAACGGCCUUGCCCUGGAUUACGGCGGCAGCCUGUACGCGGCGGGCGGGGUGCAGGGCCCCGUGGAAGCCGGCGGAGCCGUCAACAAUGUCGUCAACGUUGUCAACAGCCUCGGUGGCCAAUCGGACGUCUCCUCUCAGAUUGACGGCCAGUCAGGCUCAGGAGGAGGAGGCGGCGGCGGCGGCGGCGGCGGUGGGGGGAGCAUCGAUGAUUCAGACGCCAAAGGGACGCCCAAACGCCUCCACGUGUCCAACAUUCCCUUCCGCUUCCGAGAUCCUGACCUGCGGCAGAUGUUUGGGCAAUAUGGCAAAAUCCUCGACGUGGAGAUCAUUUUCAACGAGCGAGGAUCCAAGGGCUUCGGUUUCGUCACAUUCGAGACGAGCGCAGAUGCCGAGCGAGCCCGAGAGAAGCUUCACGGCACCCUGGUGGAAGGACGUAAAAUUGAGGUCAACAACGCCACCGCCAGGGUGAUGACCAACAAGAAGAUGGUGACCCCGUACUCCAAUGGAGAGGGUCUUGCGGCUCUACCAUACGCUGGCUGGAAGUUAAGUCCCGUGAUGGGAGCCAUGUACAGCCCCGAGCUCUACACGGUGCCAGGGUUCCCGUACCCGGCCGCGGCGGCCGCCGCCGCCUCCACGGCCGCGGCGACCUUCCGCGGCGCUCACCUGCGGGGUCGCGCGCGGCCCGUCUACAGCGCGGUCAGGGCGGCCGUGCCGCAGGCCGCCAUCCCCGCCUACCCUGGCGUGAUGGCCUAUCAGGAUGGGUUUUACGGUGCGGCCGAUCUUUAUGGAGGCUACGCCGCGUACCGUUACGCCCAGCCGACCGCCGUAGCGACACCCGCCGCCGCCGCAGCGGCGUACAGCGACAGCUACGGCCGCGUUUACACAGCCGACCCGUACCACGCUGCACUCGCCCCGGCCGCCUACGGUGUUGGAGCCAUGGCCACGCUGUACAGGGGGGGCUACAGUAGAUUCACCCCUUAUUAAGGACACUACAUUUCCCAGGAGCCCUUGCAGCGACUGCGUCCGAAAGGGCUCCAUCUGUUGUUGUGAAAGUGGACUGCACCCAGCACGGAGUCAACCACACCCACUUCCCAUCCCAAAGACGUCCCAUCUUUCCCGACCCGCGCGGAAAUAGAGGAAUGCCGUACGGAAGACUGAUGGACGGCCUUUAUAUUCAAACGAAAAAAAAAACCCGUCCCUUUCCCUUACUGCACGGCUGUAUUAUAACCCAACCCCCACCCUUCACGCUCUGCACCACGAGCGUUGCGACGCAGCCCGGAAGUUCUUCCAGAGGCCGUUUCCGUUUCCCUUUCGCUCUGCGGCAGGACGCCUGGGAAAAAAAAAAAGUGAGAGAGAGAGAGAGAGCUCAGGGCUGCGAGGCGGAACAUGGCAGCUCGCAAGGGCGGGAGGGGCAGGCUAGCUUGUUAGCGAGCGCUCACUAGACAAAAACCAUCAACCUUUAAAUUGUGAUAUGCAAAUCAAUUAGUUUAGAGCAACGGUUAGCAAAUUCCUCAUCACUGGAAUUAUUCUCCCUGUUUUUAAAUAUUUCUUGUUGGAUUCUUUUUCUCGCCGUCGGCUACGCUUCUCUAGCUAGGUUGCGGCCCGGCGUGUUCUGACCCAGAACCGCACGGUUAACGGCCUCUUUCCUCAAGAAGCGGCCACGACGUUGCUUACUGACUUAGCUGUAAGACUAUUUUUAUUUGUACAACAGGAGCAUUUUAAGUGAAACACAUUUUAUCUGCAAACAGCUAGUUCAAGCAACGGUAUGUAUGAUAAAUGAAUAUAUAUAUAUAAUAGCAAAUAUAAUCCCUGACUGAAGCUUCCACCCGAGAUGCUUUCUUCUCCUUUUUUCUGGACAUCCGGCGCAAUAUGUCCCAAAAACCGGCAACGUCAGCUGUACAGAUGCCGCAUCCGCUCGCCCGGACGUCUGUUGUGGAAAAAGGAUGUCGCCGGCGGCGACUUUUAUAGUUCGGGUGGCGAUUUGGCGCCACCUGAGGCCAUGGAGGCGGCGUGCCAAUCCGUUUUUCGUCUUGAGAUUGACAAAAACAUUGAAAAGCAAAAUGUAGUUUUUGUACGACAUCCUCCAAAAUCCUCAAUGGAAUUUGUGGAGGCCUUCAGAGGUGACAAUAAUCAUAUCUGUACUUUCGGCGAUAUUGCAGUUUUGCAAGUGGCGCCGCACGCAACACGCGCAACACUACUACGCUGACGGCGCUCGUUAGAGGAGGUUAUUAUUUUUUUUGUAUUAUUAUUUUUGUUUUGUUUGCGUUUUGAAUCUUCUAGUUCAAGUAUUGGCCGUUUAGAACUUUUUCCACACAUGCGCCAUAAUUAAAGAGCAACUCCAACACUGAUUAAGUCUUCCUGGAAAACAAAAUAUAGAAAGUCAUUGUGAGAGAUUGUUGACUUAUUAAAAAAAAAAAAAGGAGUAUUUAAAUGCAAAACACCUUACUAUUGUGCAUAUUUCUAUACUAUUGUAUUCUAUAUUUCCAAAUGUGGCUUUUUUGGCUUUUUUUUUUGGUUGUUUUUUUGUUCCAAAGAUUUGUAGAAAGCACAUUUUUCGGAAUAUAUGUAUAAAUACAGUAUAUUACCUUUGUCAUAAUCCUUGAUGAUCCUAUUGCUGUUCUUAUUUUACUUUUUCUUUUUAUAUCAGCAAGUGUCGUUCCUUAAAAAAGUUAAAAAGGUGCAAGUUCAAUCUCAAUCAAGCUUUUUUUUUUUAAUUUUUUUUAAUUAUGAUUAUUCGGAGUGAAUUUCUUGGAAAAAAAAAAAAAUUCAUACCAAGAGGAGAAACUAAAGGUAUGCAUGUAACACUAGCGGACUGUUGUUGUUUUUGUCCAUGGGCUUAUUUAGCAUGACAUUUUUGGAUACACCCCCAAUAUAGCGAAUGUUGUUUUUCCUGCCGUCCAAACUUUCAGGCGACUUGAAUGGACGGGCCCGUCGCACUAUUAUGAUUUGAUACAUUUCAAGUGAGAAUAUCCGCUGUACGCGUCAGGUUGUUUUCAAUUGUGUGUGAAACGUGGCAGUUUUUUUUUUCUUUCGAUUUUUUAUGUGCUGCUCAUUAAAAAAAAAAAAAAAGUCAUUUAUUUAUCAAAUAGCAUCAUUCAACUGUAGAAUGUGUCCUGGGAUAAAUACAAAAAAAGUGUUAGCUAAAGAUGCUAACGAGAGUCCUCAGCACGUUAGCAAAAUGCUCGAAAUCAGCAUGAAUCUAACAUACACAUAAAAAAAAAGCAUGAAUCUCGUCUUUCGUAUUCGACAUGAGACUUUUGCAUCUUCCCUGACUGCCGAAAUCGAGAGUACUCGAUGAAAAAGAAUUUGCCAACUCGACUCAGUCUCGAUUCUCCUGUUUAAAAAGUGGCUCCUUUUCUUCUUCAUGGUUGCUUCAAGUUUUCAACCCCCCAGCCCACCAUGCCCCCUUUUGACUGCCAUUGUUUUUGUUUUUUUUGUAUUUG